AUGGCUCUCGAACGUGGUAAUGGUAAGGAAAACUCAGGUAAAUGGCGCAUGUGCGUCAACUUUACAGAUUUAAAUAAGGCAUGCCCUAAAGAUGCUUACCCUUUACCUUGCAUCGAUAAACUCGUAGAUAGUGCGUCAGGUUUCAAAAGCUUGAGCUUUAUGGAUGCAUACUCUGGCUACAACCAGAUCCUCAUGCAUCCGGAAGACCAAAGCAAAACAGCAUUUAUAACCGAACAUGGAAACUUUUGUUAUAGAGUAAUGUCAUUUGGUCUAAAGAAUGCAGGUGCAACCUAUCAACGGCUGAUGGACAAAGUGUUCUAUCACCAAAUUGGUUGGAACAUGGAAAUCUAUGUGGACGAUAUGGUCGCCAAAACUACACAGCAAAAAUCACACUGCGACGACCUCAGGGAGGUAUUUGAACAGAUCCGAGCAUAUAACAUGAGACUCAAUCCGGAGAAAUGUGCCUUCGGAGUACAAGGAGGCAAAUUCCUCGGAUUCAUGCUGACCUCACGAGGAAUUGAAGCAAACCCUGAGAAAUGUGAGGCGAUACUCAAAAUGGCGAACCCUAAAACAGUAAAAGAGGUACAACAAUUAGCAGGAAAGGUAGCAGCACUAUCUCGGUUCUUGCAAGCAGCCUCAAGCCGAUCAUAUCAUUUCUUCCAAACAAUAUCAAAGAAUAAGAAAUUUCAAUGGACAGAAGAGUGCGAGAAAGCGUUCACCGAACUCAAGACCAUUCUAUCAUCACCACCUGUGCUGCAAAGACCAGAAGUCGAUAAACCUUUAUACUUAUACUUAUCUGUUUCUAAUUAUUCUAUAAGCUCGGCUCUGGUCCUUGAGACAGGAAAAACACAACAGCCAGUAUACUUCGUUAGUAGAGUCAUGCAAUCAACAGAACAGAAGUACCCGAGGAUAGAACAACUAGCUUUAGCACUCGUAACAACGGCAAAAAGACUAAGGCACUAUUUCCAAAGCCACACAAUAGUAGUAAGGACAAACCAACCACUAAGACAGAUACUGACAAAACCAGAACUGGCUGGACGUCUGACCAAAUGGUCUAUCGAGCUCUCAGAAUUCGACAUCCAAUUUCAACCAAGGUCGGCACUAAAAGCACAGAUCCUCGCGGACUUCAUCUCAAAACUAACCCAAAACGAACACAACAAAUCUUGGGAAUUACAUGUGGACGGGGCGUCCAGCCGAGGAGGAAACGGAGCUGAGAUAAUCCUGAAAGAAGGAGACAAGGUGGUGGCCAAGCAAUCCCUCCAGUUCCACUUCCCGACAAGCAACAAUCAAGCCGAAUAUGAGGCCCUCAUAGCAGGACUCAAGCUCGCCCUAGAUCUCCAAGCAAAAAGCCUGACAGCACACUGUGAUUCCCUCUUAGUGGUGCAACAAAUCCGAGGAGAAUUUCAAGUAAAAGAUCCCUUGCUAGAGCGAUAUUGGCUCAUAGCAAAGGAUCUCAUUUCAAAAUUUAGCUCAUUCAUUAUUCUACACGUACAUAGAGAAGAGAAUGUUAGAGCAGACAUAUUAUCAAAACUUGUCGCCACUAGGGCGGACACACAAACAUCAGCACUAUCACAAUUAACACUUAAAAGACCCAGCAUUGAACUAUUAUCUAUAACAAACAUUAACCACCUUCGAGACUGGAGAACACCUUUCCUUGAAUACAUCAAUGCAGGUAUCAUUCCUAGAGACGAGCUCAACCCGCAACACUUCAGACGAAAAGCAAGCCUCUACACAAACAUAGAAGGAGAGCUAUACAGGCGCGGCUUCUCACAACCAUUGCUAAAAUGCCUGAACAAAGAUGAGGCAAAAGAGGUGAUGGACGAAAUACACGAAGGAGUCUGUGGGAACCACAUCGGAGGCUGGGCUCUCACCGCAAAGAUUGUCCGAACAGGAUAUUAUUGGCCGACCAUGAAAAGGGAUUGCAUGAAAAAAGUCAAAACAUGCGACAAAUGUCAAAAGCAUGCAGCCAUCUCUACAAAACCGGCCGAAGCAUUACACAGCAUGGAGCACCAUUUUAGCUCGGUCGAACACCCACAAACCAAUGGACAGGCCGAAGCUGCUAACCGAGUUAUACUGCAGGCAAUAAAGAAAAAGCUCGAUAAUGCAAAAGGAGAAUGGUCGGAGCUAAUACCAGAAGUACUGUGGAGUUACAACACCACAAUACAAACAACAACGGGCGAAACACCCUUCAAGCUAGUCUAUGGGUCGGAAGCAUUAAUCCCAGUAGAGGUCGGGGUCCCCACGCUAAGAGCCGACCUAUACGACGAACAACACAACAUAAACACAAUAAAUGCCGAGCUUGACCUAGCAGAAGAGAACUGGGAAAUCACCGUCAUUAAACAAAGGGCUCAGAAACAACUGGCAGAAAGAAGGCACAACAAAAAAGUGGUGCCUAGAACAUUCGAGGAGGGCGACUUAGUCCUCAGACGAACAGAAGAAGCCAGGCGACCUCCUUCACACGGAAAGCUCGCCGCAAACUGGGAGGGACCAUUCCGAGUAUCCAGAGUGCUCGGAAUGGGGGCUUACCAGCUGCAAACAUUACAAGGCAAUCCAAUUUCAGGGAAUUGGAACAUCUCUUCACUAAAGUUGUACAGGUCAUAG